AUGUCUCUUCCGGGAGUUUUCAUAAUUUCACACUACGUGGUAAGCUUUUGGCAGAGGAGUACGUCCCCGCCGCUCGUGGAUUGGUCAGGUGUGCCAACGUUGGUGCUUGUUUUCGUCGCUCUAGUUAUUGCUGUCGCUGCGUUGGUGACGCGUUCAGUUGAGGGAAAAAGACCUACGCGCUUGCCAGGACCGCCAGCUCUACCAUUUUUAGGAUCAAGAUGGCUGUUCUGGAGCCGCUAUAAGAUGAACAAGCUUCAUGAAGCAUACGAAGAUAUGUUCAGGCGGUACGGGCCGAUAUUUGCGGAGACGACUCCGGGCGGCGCCAUGGUGGUGUCUAUCGCUGAACGAACCACACUGGAAGCAGUACUACGGGUGCCAGCUAAAAGACCAUACCGUCCGCCCACUGAAAUAGUGCAAGUGUACAGGAGGAGUAGGCCAGAUCGCUACGCUUCUACUGGACUUGUUAAUGAGCAGGGUGAGAAGUGGUACCACCUGAGGCGUCACUUGACGUCGGAGGUUACCAGUCCACACACCAUUCAGGGUUUUAUUCCUGAAUUAAACAACAUCUGCGAUGACUUCCUCAUUUUGUUGAAGAAUUGUCGACGGCAUGAUGGUACCGUUCAUGGAUUUGAUCAGCUCACUAAUCGCAUGGGUUUAGAAUCUGUUUGUGGAUUGAUGCUUGGUACAAGAUUAGGGUUUCUCGAGAGGUGGAUGUCAGGCCGUGCAGCAGCGCUAGCGUCUGCAGUAAAAGCUCAUUUCAGAGCUCAAAGAGACUCUUACUACGGAGCCCCAUUGUGGAAGUUUGCUCCGACGUCACUAUACAAAACAUUUGUAAGAAGCGAAGAGACAAUACAUAUGAUAGUAUCGGAACUAAUGGAAGAAGCGAAGUCUAGGUCACGCGGCGCCGCGCAAGACGAUGGUAUGCAAGAGAUCUUCCUCAAGAUAUUGGCUAACCCUGAGCUAGACAUGCGCGAUAAGAAAGCAGCCGUUAUUGACUUUAUCACCGCUGGCAUUGAGACGUUGGCAAACAGCUUGGUCUUCUUGCUGUACCUGUUGAGUAGGAGAGCUGAUUGGCAGCAAAAGAUCCGUUCAGAACUGCCUGCUUGUGGUGAAAUACGAGUUGAACAAUUAGCGGCAGCUCCGUCCGUUCGUGCGGCGGUGAAUGAGGCGUUUAGACUUCUACCUACUGCGCCGUUUCUCGCUCGCCUUCUGGACACACCCAUGACAAUUGGAGAACACAAGCUGCCAGCUGGGACGUUCGUUCUAGCCCACACGGGUGCGGCGUGUCGUCGCGAAGAGAACUUCUGGCAGCCGAACGAGUACCUGCCCGAGCGCUGGAUAGACGUCCGCGAGCCGCACUCUCCCGGCAUUGUUGCGCCGUUCGGUCGCGGUAGGCGAAUGUGUCCCGGCAAGCGGUUUGUGGAGCUCGAAUUGCAUUUGAUACUAGCUAAGAUAUUACAACACUGGCGAGUGGACUUUGACGGGGAAUUAGACAUACAGUUCGAUUUCCUCUUAUCACCAAAGUCACCAGUAUCUUUACGGCUAGUUGAGUGGUAA